AUGGCCGGCUCUAUGGGCUCAGACGUGCACGACUAUAUUCCCGAGUCUCCUAGACGUGGCAACGUACAAGGACUUGUGACAUACUAUGAUGCCUUGGGGGUAGUUAAGGAAGCGCAGAUUACUCUUUCUACUUCAACAGUUCCGAUCGUUCGGGGUGAGCCCGUCGUGGAUGGAUCCGAGCUGCAGGAAAAAAGAUCUCAACAGCAAAGGGAACAGGGACGUCAUGAGCAGGAACAGGCUGAGGAGGACAAACUGCAGAAAGCAGAGGAGACAAAGGAUCAGGUCAUCAAUCAACUAAGUAAUCAGGACACGAGUGAUAUGGAGUCAUUGCUGCCAAAGUUUCAAGAAUACUCGCUUCCUUUGAGCAGAAUUCCGCCACCAAAAUCGCGCGAGGAUCACCGUGCCGCCUCGUCAGUUUGCAAGCCUUCGCCUGAAAGCGCGCCGCACGUUCGGAUGUCUUACACAGUCGUAGCCGACAUAACACAACCACUAUUUGUACCCCCGCCAACGCCAGUCUCCGCUCGUAUUCGUGGCCCGCGCACAAGCUACGCAGCGUUUGCAACGAGGAUUGAGAACUCUUCAUCUCGAUUGCUAGACUUUGAGAGAGAUGUGCGGUGGCUGGGGCAGGUUGAGGCUAUGAAAUGCCGUGUGGAAACGCUCAAGCGUCGAAAUCAGAUUGCUCUCGCAAAGGAAGUAGCAAGCGCUCCUCGCAGGAGCAGAAGUAUGAGUGAAUGCAGUGGCGUGUCAACGGCAUCCACAGCGUCGAUGUCUUCAAUGGAUUUACCUGAGAUUAACUGCCAAUAA